AUGCCCCAGGGGAAGUAUGAGAACUACACUCCCAUCAAUGCGCCCCGGGCCGAGAUCCUAAUAGAGAUAGAAGGUCGGAACUUCUUCCGACCUCUACCCCUGAUGCGGGACCAAGGAUUCCGGCGCAAUCCCUGGAAGUAUUGCCGCUUCCACCGGGACCACGGCCAUGACAAAGAGGACUGUUUCCAUCUCGGAGAUGAGAUCGAGGCGCUCAUCCGCCGUGGGGUACUCAACCGGUUUGUGCGGAAUCGGCGUGAGGAAAGAAAGCCGGAGGAAAAUGCUACACUGCCCGAGAAUCCAAAUGAUAAUAGGCCUAUCGCCGGCACCAUUAACACUAUUAGAGGAGGAAGCUCAACUGAAGAGCCAACCGAGGAGAGAACCCCUCCAAAGCGUCCGCGCACCUCCGAAGCCAUCUUGUUGUCGGAUAAGGAUUUGGAAAGAGUUGAGACUCCUCAUGAUGACGCUGUGGUCAUCUCCAUAAUUGUAAACAAGUUUGAUGUAAAGCGCAUCCUAGUUGAUAAUGGAAGCUCGGCAAAUAUUUUGUAUUAUGGUGCCUUCCAUAAGAUGGGAAUGACGGAAAGCCAGCUUCGGAGAAUGAAUGCUCCACUGGUUGGAUUCACCGGAGACUCAGUCCCGGUUGAGGGCGAGAUCAGCCUCCUUGUCACGGUCGGCCUCGCCCCUCGAGAAAGCACCGUGAGGACGGACAGCGAGCCCAUGCUCCCUCAGCCUUGUGCUCGAUUCCUCGACUAA